AGUCCAGGGCAAGCUUGAGGCAUGGAAACUGAACUGCUCCCUCCCUCACCCCCCCUAUGAGAAAGGGUGCUCCCUCCAGUGAUGCAUUUCUUCAUAAGAUCAGCGCUUCUAAUUUGUAUGAGCAGCAUUUGUAAAAAGCACAGUAUAUCUUUAAUAGGAGUAAUGUCUGCUGAACUGUAAAGGGCUGUACAGACCUAAGCCGGUUGAACAAUUUGCCUACUUUUCAACAAAGGGGCGGAGUUUCACUCGAGUACAUAAAAAAAAAACCCACCACAGCCCGUGUUAGUGCUACAGGCUGUGAGGAAAGAUAGAGUACUAGAGUGCGUGUUCACUGUGAUAAGCUUUUCUUUUUCUUUUUUAUUUUUUUAUGUGUUUGGCGUGCAUCUGGGAAGUGUUACGGUGCAGUCGACACACGGCUGUUGCAAGUGUAAGCGUUAUUAAGAGGAAUCUUAAUCGUGCAGGCUCAAGGAAAGAAGGGAACCCAAGACAAAACGCAGAACACAUACGCAUCUCGGUUUUCAGUUUCAGAUUUGGCGUCUGCAGAAUGAGGCGACAAAAAACGAGUGUGUUGCUACCCUGCGGUCUUCGGCUACUGUAACGUCCUGCGAGCAACUUUGCAGCUUCUGUCAUAGCAACCGUACUGCAAGACUAUUAGAUACAAGAUAUUUAAAUACACACCAUUAAAUAGGAGUUUCUUUUAAAAAUGGCAUCUCAUCUCAACGUCAUGCUAGUCACGGCAAACGUGGGGUCGUUAUUUGAUAAACUGGGUGAGAUCGAGAGAGACUGGCUUCGAGAGUUUUACAAGACGGUCCACAGGCACCAGCCACGGUUCAUAGCCCUGCACUGCCAGGAGGUCGGGGGAAAGGACUACGAGCUGAAUAUGGACCAGGUGGAAAUGUUCUUCAGAAACAUCUUGUUCAGCGAGGAAAUGAAGGAUUUUGACAGAGCCUGCGUGUACGUCGACAAGGACUUCAAAAUCAAGAACAGCUUCACCGCACUGGGGAGCAUGUAUUUUAUUCACAAAUCUCUGAAGCAGAUCUACCACUAUGAUUUUAAAGUGAAAGAAUUUAAAGCAGUUUCUGGAAGAAACAUUCACCUGGGCUCCCUAGACAGCGUCUCCACUCUCGAAAAAGAAAGAUUCUCUAAGAAUUUCUGGCCGGAAGUAGGUUUCAAGUGGUCCCGGAAAGGCUACAUGAGGACACGAUGGAUAAUUCACAACCGUGGCUUUGACCUUGUGAAUGUCCACCUGUUCCACGAUGCUUCCAAUAUCGUGGCAUGCAGGACCAGCCCCUCUGUCUACUCGGGGAACAGAGAGAAAGCCUUCAGAUACAUAAUCAACAGGUUGUCUGAUAACAGGUAUACGCCUCUCCCCUUCUUCAUGUUUGGAGAUUUCAACUUCCGGUUAGACUUGCGGAGUCUUGUACAGGCCCUGUGCAGUUCGGCGGAGAUCAAGAUGGUAAAGAAAGGAACGAACAACGAAGAGGAAAAGGUGAUCUGCAAGGAGAAAGACGGCGACCACAAGCUGGUCCUUUGCAUCGAGAAGAAAGUGUUUGAGUACCAGCAUCAGGCUGCCUUCAGAGAGGAGAACGGCAAAGCUUUUUUGAAGUAUGAUAAGGAGAUUGACCGCUACAGUGAUGUCGUCGGCGAGGAAGAGAUUCACUUUCCUCCCAGCUACCCUUACAGUGAAGACUACUCUCAGCCCACCCAGUUCAUGAACACGAGGUGCCCGGCCUGGUGUGACCGAGUGCUCCUGUCCCACCCCGCCAGGCACAUCAUCCACAGGGGAGAGGAGGGGGAGAGCGGUGUAAUCUAUGACACUUUGGGCUCAAACGUAUGCAUGGGGGACCAUAAGCCCGUUUUCAUGUUCUUUGGAUUAAAGACCAACGGACAUUGAGACCAGACUUGGAGCUUUCUAAGAGGAACACCAGCAGCCUUAUAAACAAGACAUUUACUAGAGGGAGGGCAGAACAGGGGGGAGAAGAACUGAUCCCAAGACCUGCUGUGUAUACUGAAGUCCUGCACUUUGCAAGCGUUGCACACCAGCAAUUCACUGUGCCAGCAGCGCCACCACGCUAGUGUCCGAAUGCGAUGGGCAGUAGAUUUUUUAAACAAAUGCUUGCACACAAGAGGCGGUGCAUGUGCGUUUUCAUAUUUUUAUUGUAGGGGACAGUGUGAUGUGUAGGUUAAUGUACAGGCGUUUUUAUAAAGCAAGGUGUGUGUUUUUUUUUUAAUGUAAUACUGAGAGAGCUAGAGGAGAGGAAACCACAGUUCUGUUGCUGCUAUGAAUUUUAGGCACCAGGGUUCUGUAAAGUGCCGGUCGCUGCUUACUUUAAAUCUGUAACCAAAGAAAUAAGAUUCAGUUUAGCUGUAUAACUACACAAGCACUGCAUUGACAGUGAAGGGUUAGUGUGUUCAAACCUGCUGCCCCGUGCGUUUCUUAAACUGCAAUCACUGUAGGCCAUUUGCAAUGUUUACUCAAACAGGAUAAUACUAAUCUCCAACCAGCAGCUUUUCAUUUGUGACGAAUAUACUCUCUAGUUGUUUUUUUUAAAUCCACGUAUUUAGUGAUUUACACUAUGUUAGAUCGUAUAGCUGUGCUGUGAAGCUAAGGGCGGUCGUGCUCCGAAUUUGUUCAUCUGCAAAUUCGUUCUUAACCCUUUAAUGCCUGCUGCACGCAGUUGUCUUGGAAUGUACGGCUAUGGUCAAAAGUUUUGCAUUACCUACGGUUUUAGGAUUGAGAUGUCAGUUAAAAAAAGAAAAAAAAAAA